GCUCAAUCUUGGAAGAAGCACUACCUAAGGCUUGCCUGACGGAUGAAGCAUUGCCUGAUGGACUUCCAGUAUAAGGUGGACGCCUCAAACCCUUAUUUCGAAGGCCCCCUGUCAACAUCUUCACCGAUUUUCUGAAAAGAUAGCAUGGAGGACAAGUGUGCAAUUAAGAAAGAUGUUUCUGAAUUGAUAGGCAAUACGCCAAUGGUAUAUAUCAACAAUAUUAUUGAUGGUUGUGUAGCCCGUAUCACUGCGAAGCUUGCGAUGAUGGAACCCUGUUCUAGUGAGAAGGAGAACUUGUGUCUAUAUACACUUCCAAAUGUGACAUGGGAAGUUAUUCUACCCGUUGAGAAAGUGCCUCCAGAGCUUCAUGAGCCAAGAUUAGGCAUUAACUUUGCUAGGGAUGGGAUGCAAGAAAACGACUGCUUAUCACUGGUUGCAUUUCACAGUGAUUAUUGGUUGCUUGCUGUUGCAUUCUAUUUUGGUGCACGCCUUGGAAUUGAACCAUGGACAUUCGGCCAAAAGCUUGGAGAUGCUAUCUUGACAAAGUGUAGAUUGAAUGUACAAUUAUUAGAAUACUUUGUUAGUAGCUGUAAUGUUUGUAAAUGUUAUGUUUCUCUCAAAAGUGCAGUUGCAUUUUAUUCCAUUGUAAAAAUUCGGUUAGAUCAAAAUUAG